GAUUAAAUUUCUGCCACCCCGAGUUUUCCAUAACAAGACAAUCUUUCUCUUCUCUCUCCUCUCUCUAUCUCUGGACUGUUUGGUCAUAUUCUCCUUCUCGUCAGAUCAGAUCUCCCAAUCUUUAAUCUCCUUCAGUUUCUCCAUCAAUUUUGGGCCGCAUCUUACUGGAUUUCUUUCUCGAGAUUUGCUCCAAUGUGCUCCUGUUGAGGUUUGUCGGCGACCAAAUAGAGCAGGAUAAAUUUUGCUUUUGCAGGAUUCUCGAGAGCCAUACAGAGCAUAAUUAAAAAAGAAAAAAAAAAUCGAAUUGAGGAAUGGCCGAACCGCCAAAACCAGUUCUCCAGAAACCACCGGGUUACAGAGACCCCAACGCGCCAGUGCGGCUCGCCCCGAAACCGGGGCUCCGAAAGCCGAUUCUUCCUUCAACGUUUCCAGUGAAGAGGAGGCGCAGGAGCUGCUGUCGUAUCUGCUGCUGCUUCUUCUGCAUUUUCUCUUUCAUUCUCAUAAUUAUCCUUUUCCUUGGUGGAGCAUUUUUCUACCUCUGGUUCAAUCCGAAAGUUCCGGUUUUUCAUCUACAGUCUCUCAAGAUCCAACGCUUCAACGUCACCGUCAAAUCUGAUGCCACAUAUAUAGAUUCGCAAACGGCCGUCAAGGUGGAAGUGAGGAACCCUAACGACAAGAUAACGUUCAGAUACGGCAAGACAAGUGUGACGCUGACCGCUGGGCUUGGGGAGGAUGAGACCGAGUUGGGAUCGGGGAGUUCGGGCGAGUUCACUCAAGGGAAGAAGAGUACAACGGUCGUGAAGUGGACUGUCCAUGAGAAGAAUGUCUUGGUCGCUGAUGAGGUUGGAGCGAAGCUGAAGGCUCGGUACCGAAGCAGAGCUAUGGUGGUUUCUGUGGUGGUUCGGACUAGGGUCAGUUUAGGUGUGGGGGGUUGGAGGAUAGGGACCGUGGGGAUGCAUAUUUCAUGCGGGGACGUCGCCUUGAAGAAGCUCGACGGUGGCGACAUGCCCAAAUGUACCGUUAAUGUGCUCAAAUGGAUCAACCUUCACUGAAAUCGUUUUCACUUGAAGAAGCUGAGGUUGGGGUGGGGUUGUUUAUAUAUAUAUAUAUAUAUAUAUAUAUAUAUAUAUAUAUAUAUAUUAUAUGUAUGUGUAUAAUCUAAUAUUUAUAUACACCUAUAUUCUUUCCUUAUAUAGAAGAAAAGAUGGACACAUGGGUUUUUGGGUUUGAUUGAAUUUGUUGGGAUUUAUUCCUUUCUUUCUUAUUUUGCUUCAAAAAGGCAAAAAGGAAAAUAAAAUAAUAAUAAUAAUAAUAAUAAAAUUCCUUUUGAAUGGAUUGAUGGAGGAUCAUGACAGCUGUCCGUUUAUCAUUACUUCAGAGAACAGAGAAAGGGAAAAAAAGGAGAUAAAGGUGUAACGUGUAUUCGAGAAACGUAUCACAAGAUCCAUAAAAGAGCAAAAAGAAAAAAGAAAGAAAAGGGCAAUGGAAGAUUGAAAGUGGCCCUCGAGAUUGCCACUUUGCUUAGUGAGAGAAGAUUCUUACAUUCAUUUAGGAUUAUUGAGUUGUGAUUUUAAUCAUAUUGUAAUCGAUCAUUGUGGAAAGAUAAUCUUUAUUUCUCCCCUUUUGUCCUUUGCUUCGUGGGAUUGAAAUCAAACGAAUCCAAAUGAUCAUGUUCUUUUUUAUA